AAUAGGAUCAAAAUGACCACACUACUAGUGAAAGUCACUGUCUAUUGAGGCUGCCCAAAUAACAAUAAAUCUGAUAGACAUCCUACAAACUGGACAACCCACGCCCACCACAAAUGGAACUUACUCACAUCUUACCCGCAACCUUCGCCCUUCUCCUCUUUCUCUAUGCGCUCUUUGCUAUUACUUCUCGGAGAUCCGCCGCUCACCGCACCAACAACACACUUCCACCUGAACCCCCCGGUCGUUUGCCACUGAUCGGCCACCUCCAUAAACUCAGUGCCACAGAGCCAACUCACAUAACCUUGGCCAAAAUGGCCGACGCCUACGGACCUAUCUUUACCUUAAGAUUGGGAGUGAACACAGCCCUUGUCGUGAGCAGUUGGGAAAUAGCGCGAGAGUGCUUCACCACAAACGACACAAUUUUCGCAUCCCGCCCAAAGGGUUUAGCCCCGGAGCUGCUCGGCUACAACAGCGCAAUGAUGGCGAUUAGCCCAUACGGUCCAUACUGGCGCCAUGUGCGCAAACUAGCCACGCUUGAACUCUUGACGAACCACCGCCUCGAGCAGCUCCAACACAUUAGAAUAUCCGAGGUUCAAAGUUCGAUCAAGAAACUGUAUGAGUUAUGCGCCGACAGCACAAGUAAAGGGUCCGGUGGGAAAGUGAGGGUUGAGAUGAGGAAGUGGUUUGGGGAUCUAAGUCUGAACACAAUAUUUAGGAUGAUGGUCGGAAAGCAAUUCAGCACUGAUUUGGAAGGCAGUGGUGGGGAGCAGUACCGAGGAGCGUUGAGGGAUGUUUUUGAACUGUUUGGGGCAUUUGUUCCUUCAGAUUCGUUUCCAUGUCUAAGUUGGUUGGAUUUGGGAGGGUAUAAGAAGGCCAUGAACAAGACCGCCAAGGUGCUUGACCAAAUGCUUACUAAAUGGAUCAAAGAGCAUCGAGAGAAGACCAAGACUUCGGGUGAACGUGGAGAAACAGGGGAGCAAGACUUCAUGGAUGUCAUGCUUUCUGCUGUCCACGACGACGGAGGGUUAUGUGGUUAUGAUGCGGAUACAGUCACCAAAGCCACUUGUUUGGCUAUCGUAUUGGGUGCAUCCGACACUACAAUGAUUACUAUGACAUGGGCUCUUUCUCUACUCCUCAACAACCAACAAGCACUCAACAAGGUAAAACAUGAAUUAGGUGAAAAAGUUGGAACAAGACAAGUAAAAGAGUCCGAUGUCAAAAAUCUACCGUAUCUCCAAGCCAUUAUAAAGGAGACAUUGCGCUUAUAUCCUCCCGCGCCAUUGCUAAUCCCUCAUGAAUCUGUAGAAGAUUGUACAGUUUCAGGUUAUCAUAUCCCUGCAAAGACACGCCUUAUAGUGAAUGUUCAAAAACUGCAAAAAGAUCCACUUGUUUGGGAGGAUCCUUGUGAAUUUUGUCCAGAAAGAUUCUUAACAAGUGAUACAAAGUUUGACAUGAGAGGACAAAAUCAGCAACUAAUGCCAUUUGGAAGUGGUCGAAGAAUGUGUCCUGGAAUCUCAUUUGCCCUUCAAUUUAUGCAUCUUACCCUUGCAAAUCUACUUCAGAAUUUUGAAAUUGAGAGGCCAUCCGAAGAAUUACUUGACAUGGAAGAGGGUUUUGGAUCAACUGUUCCAAGAAAAAUUCCACUUGAAGUUGUUUUAAGUCCUAGCCUAUCAAAUCAAGUUUAUGAAUGAUUUUGAAAUCCAGUCAAGUGGACAAUUAAUGAAACUAUAAGUAAAAGUAUAGUAUAGUGUGGGUAUUGUUGUGAUAUAAAUUUAGUUUGAUUAUAAUAUAAUUACUUUAUUUUA